AUGCGCUCCGCCGGAGCCUGGCUGAGCCUUCUGGCUUCUGGCCAUACGGUCUUGGCCACCCUCUGCCCAUUUCCUAAUCAAAUAUACGACCCCGUAAUCGGUUGUAUCUGCGCGCCUCCAUUUGUCGGCCCCCCUGGCUUGCCCUGCUCCCUUUGUCCCGGAGGCACAGACUACUUCAACGGCCUAUGUGUACCCUCCUGUGGAACCAACGAGAUGCAUGAUCCCAAUAGCGGAGUUGGAGCUUGCAUCUGUAUCACCAACUACGCGCUCUACAACGGCACCUGCGUUAGUCCUUGUCCGCCUGGGACGGAAGACGUCAGCGGUACUUGCAUGGCUGUUUGCCUGACAAACGAGAUUCGUAACCCCAUCAAUUUCCUGUGCGACUGCCCUCCUCCCUAUACCAACAACGGAACAACCUGCGACUGCCCCACGGGCCAGGAGCUUUUCAACGCCACCUGCACGAAUGUCUGCCCGACCAACACCGUCCGUCAGCCGAGCGGUGGCUGCUCUUGCAAUUCACCCUUCCUUGUUGACCAGGGCAACUGCGUGGCCGCAUGCGGCGGUGCACGCGUGCCCGUGAACACCGUCUGCCUGGACCCCUGCGGUGCCAACAUGAUGCGUGCCACGAACAACAUCACCUGUGUGUGCCAGCCCACCUUCGUCCCCGACAUCGUGCCAGGGACAUGCGUCUGCCCCUCGGGCCAGCAGCAGUUCAACGGCACCUGCCUGCCCGCGUGCGGCCCCAACGAGAUGCGCAACAGCACCAGCGGCAGCUGCGAGUGCCCCGGCACCUUCUUCGUCGUCCUCGGCACCAACGACUGCGUCCAGACGUGCCCUGCCGGCACCGACGCCGUCCAGACCUUCUGCGUGCCCCCGUGUGCACCCCUGCAGAUCCGCGACAGCAAUGGCAUCUGCCAGUGCGGUCCCGACAGCGAGGACGACGGCAACGGCGGCUGCAAGUGUGUUACUGGUUUCCAGCUUAGCUCGUCAACGACCUGCGUUGCGGUUCCAACUACAACACCGGCGUCUAACUCCACUUCUUCAACUGCCUCGCCUAGCUCAUCAACAAGUUCAGUGUCAACCAGCUCGGGCUCCACGACCAGCUUGUUGCCCACCGUCGUGACGCCCAGCUCCACCAGCUCCAGCAGCACGAGCAGCUCCUCCUCCUCCCCGUCUUCGACCUCCACCAGCGGUCCCAUGCCCCCGCAGGUCGGCGACUUCAGCGUCGUGGGCUGCACCGGCUCGGACCAGAGCUUCCCGUCCUUCCGCCUGCAGACCAGCAGCGUCAACAUGACUCUGGAGAUGUGCACCGCCGCAUGCUCGAACUUCCUGUACGCCGGCGUCCACAUCGGCAACUGCUACUGCGCCAACACCUUUGACAACGUCGUCACCGUCCAGCGCGGCCUGUGCAAUAUCCCCUGCCCCGGCAACCCCGACGAGUCCUGCGGCGGCUCCCGCCAGGCGGCCUCGCGCCUCGCGCGCCGCCAGACCGGGCUCGUCCCCGCCGACGCCCUGCUGGCCGUCUACAUCAACGACCCCAUCGCCUCGACCGCCACACUACCCGUCCCCGCCACCACUUCCUCCUCCUCCUCCACUCUCCCUCCGGCUGCAUCCACUACAGCCGCGGCGGCCCAGACCACCGGCGUGACGACAUCCACGGCCACCGCCGUCGCCACCGCCACGAGCACGGCCUACCCCUGCGCCGGCGGCUACUGCAACCAGGCCGGCUGGUUCUUCGAGCUGUGCCAGGGAUUCCCCAACCCGGGCGAGGUCGUCUUCGUCAUGGAGGCGUGCACCUGCGCCGGUGGCUGGCAGUUUGUCGUCGCGGGGUGCGACGGCGCCUCGUGCGGCUCGCUGGCUGUGUACCGCGCUGUGCCGUGCCAAGCUGGCGUUGUUUACACCAACGUCACUGUGUACCAGCCCCAGGCUUGCGCCACUUGCGCUGGCGGUGUCACUUUUGUGCAGGGUUCUGGGAGCUCGAGCUCCGGCUCCGGCUCUGGAUCCGGCUCUGCGUCGUCGACCACGUCUGUUGUUGUUGUUGCUGCUGGCGCCAACAGGAUCGCAAGCUUCGUUAGCACCCUCAUGGUUGCUGUCGGUGCUUUCGCGCUCCUCAUCUAG